AUGGAGGGUAAGAAGACUAGAGGGAGGCAAAGUAUUCCGAUGAAAAAAAUAGAAAAUGAGGAUGACCGCUAUGUGACAUUUUCAAAGCGUCGUUCGGGUCUGUAUAAACAGGCCAGCGAACUUGUUAAGCUAUGCAAUAUUGAUAUUGGAAUUGUACUCUUUUCUCCUACCGGUAAACCUUUUUCAUUUUUUCAUCCUACAUCAGAAGCGAUUAUUGAUCGUUUUUUAAAUCCUAAUAUGCAAUUAAGUGAAAGCACUCGCCUAGUUGCGGCUCAUGCACGACACAAAGUAAAUCAACUCAACAAUAGGAGGGAAUUGUUUGACAACAUAAAAGAAGCUACAAGUGCUGAGUCUCUUCUACUUGACAACAUGAAAGAAAACAGCGAAAGAUACCGUUGGGAGUCAAUUGAGCAGUUUAAUGCAGAUGAAGUAAAAAAGACCCGCUCUAAGAUUGGAUUGAGAGGUUCCUCUUGUUCUUCUUCCAUUACUGCCUCUGCAUGGCCCGGCUCUGGUACUGCAUGGAGAGGUUGGGGGGUUCUGAAGAUUUGUCGGAUUGACAGGUUGCUCCUGGGGCUGGGGAUUGAUAUCCCAUGGCAUGAAGAUUGGAUUGAGAUGAGUUUGGCAUCAAUGAGGGAGCAAGAGGAUGGAGUUGUUGAGCCACAUUUGGUUCAAGUAGUUGCUCAUUGCUAG